AUGCCCUCUCCUAUCUUCAUCUCCAAGCCGUCGGAGGCGUUCUCCAUAUGGGUUAUUCUCCGGGGCCUUCAGCUUGCCAUCCUCAGCACUUACCGGUCGCUCCAAAAUCCAUCCAUUCUAUAUCACCCCACCUACAUUCCGUGUCUCACCAGGAUCGCCUGGAUGUCGCUCGUGGUGUACGUGCUUUUGAACGGACCGCUCUACCUCUCGAAGACCAUCGUGUUUUGCGGCAAUCACAUCAACUUGUUCACCGUCAACGGCAGGACCGUCCAGGCGUCGUUGACCCAAUUUAUGCACACCUACCUCGAUCUCCACAUCUUCCUCAUCACCUUGGCAGGCUACUACGACCCCCAGUCUGAUCGCUUGUUCUUGGUCAAUGUUCAGUUCAGCGACUCCGUUAACAACACCACCUAUCACCAGAACUUGACCAAGCUUCCCUGCAAGAAGGUAGUCCAGCAGGGCUCCACGUGGAGCCAGCAUCUCCACGACUUACUCCGUAACUGUCCGCAGUUCAAGUUCUUUAUCAGGAGAUACGCCAAAUAUUACCUCUUUAACCUCGUCAUCUAUGCAUUAGUCUCGUAUCCUAGCAGACUUUCGACCCUUAUCCUUUGCUUCAUUUUGUUCCAGACGGUACUCGACAAGUUGGGAUCGAUCUCCACCUUUGGCGUGAUCGCAGUUUUGAACCUCCUUCCAUCUCACUAUAUCGGGUCAUUUUUGGCAGGGUACUACGGUGUAUCCAACCUCUCCCAGGACCUCUUACUUGCGUACUUCCACAGAAUCAACUUCACUAAGUUCGAGCAAAAUCAAUGGCUCAAGUCCCGCGAAGGUGUCCUCUUCGGAUUCGGGUUGUUUAAUUACUGGUUGAUCAAAUCCUACCCAGCAUUCUCAGUUAUUAUUUAUACUUUGGCCCAGCUCAACAUGGGAUACCUCAUCACCAAAUUGACCGAUGUUCCGCCUUCCAAUACCAAUGCUUUGAUCAAUUGGACUUCUAGCCAGUUGGUAUGGACAAAACAGUAUUCAGUCAUUGAUGGCGAGUUUAUCAACGAUCCUUUCACAUCGUUUCCAGGGUCUUUUAUUUGGGAAGAAAAUGAGGGCUGA